UAAGAACGCUAACCUCACCAAUAUCAUCUCUUUUGAUACAUUCUCAAGAAUUUGUCUUUGUGAUGAUAAGCACCGAAUUCUCAAUGAUGAGUCCGAUUUAUUUGAAACUGAUAAUAUUGAUGGUGUGUGUGGCAUUCCAGGUUGUUGGUGGUGAGCAUCAGAUUGAGUGCUUAGAAAGGGAGAGGGAAGCACUCCUCCGAGUCAAAGCUUCCCUUGUUGAUCCCAAUGGCAUGCUCUCGUCUUGGACCACUGCUCAUUGCUGCCAAUGGAAACUUAUUCGCUGCAACAACCUCACUGGUAAUAUCGUAAGCCUCGACCUUCACGCUCCAACCGUUUUGAAGGAAAUAUACCAUCGCAAAUCGGAAAUCUCUCCAAGUUGGAACAUCUUGACCUCAGCUACAACUCUUUUGAAGGAAAUAUACCAUCCCAACUCGGAAAUCUUUCAAACUUACAACAGCUUUACCUUGAGGGAGCUUACUUCAACGAUGGGGGUAAGUUGUUGUCUAAUCUCGUUUCUUUAACCCAUCUUUACUUGAUAUCCAUUCAUGGUCUUAAUAGUUCUCAUAGUUGGCAAAAGCUACCAAAACUAAGAGAGCUAGGUGUUGGGAAACAGCGGUACUUGUUCCCUCCUCUGUGAACCCCAAAAUGGGCACUAUGCGGAAGCGUAAAAUAAAAGUGUAAGAAAAGAGAAAAUUAACACUGGAAAUUUUAACGUGGAAAAUCCUCUCGGAAAAAAACCACGGGACCUAGUCCAGAAAAAUAUCUUCACUAUGAAAGUAGGAUUACAGUGUUUCUCUCACUCUCUGAGGAUCUCUCAAUUAAUCUCACCCUCUCGGAUGGUAUACAAAAUUCUCACUUUUCACUCACACUCACAAUAACAGACUCUCUCUGUAUAAAUCUCUCACACAGAAGAACUCUCUAUUUCUUCACCGAAUUUUUUCUUCACGGUGGAUGAUGAAUUCUGCAGUGUGGCUUCUCCUUCUCUGUUUCUUGCAUAUGCACGUUGCUUGGCUUCCAAUUUAUGAAGGAAGAAAGAUGCAAGAAAACAAAAAUGGUUGGUGUAGUGGAGCACUUCAUUUCCGUAAAUCAAGCAAUGUGUUGGAGACAAUUUCUCCAACUUCACCACUAAUGGGUCCUACCCAUUUGGUUUAUUCAACAAAACUCCCCCAUAAACCAAAAUGGGUCUUCCAUCCCUUCUUGACUUAAUUUGAAGGUACCAAGAUACCAGCACCUUGGCAACAGUCUUCAACCUUCUUGGUUGGUAUUGACUUAGUCAUCAUGUCAGACCAAUUCAAGUCUGUAUGGAUUUUCUCUAUCUUCAAUUUCUUCUCAUCCAGCGCUUCUCGUAUCCAGUGAUACCGCACGUCGAUAUGCUUCGAGCGUGAAUGGAACAUGGGGUUCUUGGUUAGAUGGAUGGUACUUUGAUUAUCACAGUUCACCACAUAAUCAUCUUGAUUAUGUCCUAAUUCACUUAGGAAAUUCUUCAUCCAUAACAUCUCUUUAGAGGCUUCAGUCACCGCUACAUACUCUGCUUCAACAGUAGACAAUGUCACACAUUUUUGUAGCUUUGACUGCCAAGAAACAGCUCCCCCUGUAAAAGUAAUCAGAUAACCUGAUGUUGACUUCCUUGAAUCGACAUCUCCAGCCAUGUCUGAGUCUGAAUAUCCGAUUAACUUUAGGUCUCCAUUGCCAAAACACAAGCUUCUUUUGACAGAUCCUCUGAGAUACCUUAGUAUCCACUUAACAGCUUCCCAAUGCUCCUUUCCUGGAUUUGACAGGAAUCUGCUCACAACUCCUACAGCAUAGCCAAUAUCUGGCCUUGUACAAACCAUUGCAUACAUAAGGCUACCCACGACAGAAGAGUAGGGUACCUUGCUCAUUUCUUCUUUUUCUUCUUCAUUCUUUGGACAUUGCGACUUGCUAAGUUUGAAAUGUCCAGCAAUUGGAACACGAGCAGAUUUGGCAUUGUGCAUGUUGAACCUUUUGAGAAUCUUCUCAAUGUAAUCUUCUUGAGAUACCCAUAGCAUUCUUCUAGAACGAUCUCUGGAGAUUUUCAUUCCAAGUAUCUUCUUUACUGCACCCAGGUCUUUCAUGGCAAAAGACUUGCUCAAUGCCUUCUUGAGAGCAGCUAUUUUAAUUUUGUCCUUCCCUACAAUCAACAUAUCAUCAACAUACAAGAGAAGUAUAAUGGACUCACCAUUUUCAUAAUGCUUCACAAACACACAAUGGUCUGCGGAGGUCUUCUUGAAAUUAUGUUGGAUCAUGAAGGAAUCAAAUUUCUUGUACCAUUGUCUUGGAGCUUACUUCAGACCAUAGAGACUUUUCUUCAAACGACACACCAAGUGUUCUUUGCCUGGCUCUUCAAAACCCUCUGGUUGCUUCAUGUAAAUUUCUUCCUCUAGGUCUCCAUGUAAGAAUGUUGUUUUGACGUCCAGUUGUUCAAUCUCCAGGUCUAGUGUUGCUGCUAGACCGAGAAUUGCUCUAAUGGAUGUCAUCUUCACCACUGGUGAAAAUAUUUCGUCAAAAUCUAUUCCUCUCUUCUGGUUGCACCCCUUCACGACAAUUCGUGCUUUGUACCUUGGGCUUGGGUUGUUCUCUUCAUUCUUGAGCUUGAACACCCAUUUGUUUUGCAAUGCUCUCCUUUCUUUUGGUAAUUCUACCAAAUCAUAAGUGUGAUUUUCCUUUAAGGAUUGCAUCUCUUCUUCCAUGGCUUGCAACCAUUUGCCUUUGUCUUCCGUCUCCAUUGCUUCUACAAAGCUUUGAGGUUCACCUUCAUCAGUAAAAUUAACAUAUUCAUCUGAAAAAUACCUUCUUGACGGUUGCUUCUGCCUUGUUGAUCGUCUCAAUUGGGGUUCUUGCGGAGCAUCCUCAAUUGGUUGAUCUUCUUCCGUCAGAUUAGGUUGAUCUGCUUCUUCAGCCAUUUCAUCAAGUUGUAACUCUGGUUCGGCUUGAUGAGUCUCUCCCCCUAAGUUGUUCAUCACAAUAGGGCUUUGAUCACUUAUCAGCUUAAGUGUUGGUUUCUCCACUUUCUUGAUGUCUUGGAUUGUCUGAUCUUCAAAGAACACCACAUCUCUGCUUCGAACAAUCUUUCUGUUUGCAGGAUCCCAUAAUCUGAAACCAAAUUCAUCUCUUGGAGAACCAAGGUAUAUGCACUCUUUCGCCUUAGCAUCUAGCUUUGCUCUUUCAUCUUUCGGAAUGUGAACUGAUGCCUUACAUCCGAAGACUUUCAAGUUGCGAUAUGAGGCCUUUUUACCGGACCAUACUUCUUCUGGGAUCUUACCAUUCAAUGGUCUUGAUGGUGAUAAGUUGAUCAAUUGAGUUGCUGUUAGCACUGCCUCCCCCCAGAAUGUCUUGGGAAGUUUUGCGUGAGACAACAUGCUUCUGACCUUCUCGGCAAUCGUUCUGUUGAAUCUUUCAGCCACACCAUUCAUUUGAGGUGUUUUGGGAGGUACUUUCUCAUGUCUGAUCCCAUGAGUCUUGCAAUAGUGCUCGAAUGGACCUCUGUACUCUCCACCAUUAUCACUUCUCAAGCAUUUCAACUUUCUACCAGUUUCACGUUCAACAGAGGCGUGAAACUCCUUGAAGAUUCGUAGAACUUCAUCUUUUCUUUUCAAUGGAUAGACCCACAAUCUUCUAGAGUGGUCAUCAAUGAAGGUAACAAAAUAUUGAGCACCACCAAGGGACCUUUCGGAUGUUGAACAGACAUCUGAAUACACAAGAUCCAAAAUAUGAUCUCUUCUACUUCUAUUAUCAGAUUUAUGGAAAGAUACUCUGUGCUGCUUACCUGAUAGGCAGUCUUCACAUAAUUCAAGUGGUUGGCCUUUUAUACUCUGGAGAUGAUCUUUCGCAAGGAUCUCUAAUCCUUUCUCGCUCAUGUGGCCCAAUCUUUUGUGCCAUAACUCCUUACUUUCUUCUUGAGCAACAUUUGUCUCUCCUUUGCAUAUCUUUCCUUGCAUGACGUACAAGGAGCCUUCCUUUUUGCCUCGAGCAACAAUCAUGCUUCCUCGACAGAGUUUCCAUCUUCCAUCGCUGAAUUGGUUGUUCAUUCCAGCAUCAUCUAGCUUACCGACUGAGAUAAGGUUUAGACGUAUCUCUGGUACAUGUCUUACCUCUUUCAGCACAAGUUUGUUUCCAUUUUCUGUUGUCAAAGUCACUUCUCCUAUGCCCACAAUUUUGCUUGUGACAUGAUUACCCAUCUUCACUGUUCCAAAAUCUCCUUUUUGAUAGGAUGAGAAGAAUCCCUCAUGAGGAGUAACAUGGAAAGAUGCUCCGGUAUCUACUAUCCAAGUGCAAUCAUCGAAAGCAAUAUUUAGAUAGUUUACCUCAGUGAUAAGGAACACAUUCUCAUCAUUUGAUACAACCGCUGUUGUGGUCUUUUCUUCCAACUUCUUUUUGGGAUCUAUCACAUCAAGGUGUACAGUUCCAUUCUUCUGAUCUCUUUUCAGGAAUCUACAUUCUUGCUUCUUGUGACCAUCUUUUCCACAAUAGAAGCAUGUUAAACCUUUGGAACGAGACUUGAAUCUUCCUCGUGACUUUUCACGUUUUCCUUUGUUCCUGUGUUCACUCCUUCCUCUAUUCUCAACAACGUUGGCUUUUGAGUGACUACUCAUUCCUCUUUCUUUCCUUCUGGACUCUUCAUUCAGCAAACUGUCUGUAAUGUUAUCCAGCUUGAGUUUUCCAUCUGGUGUUGAGUUACUGAGAGUGACCACCAAUGUGUCCCAACUCUCCGGUAGGGAACUAAGGAGUAGAAGAGCUUGUAACUCGUCAUCAAUCUUCAUAUCCGCCUUCAUUAAUUGAUUCACAAUACCUUUGAAGGUGUUGAGAUGCUCGAUCAUAUUCUGGUCGUCAGUGUACUCCAACUUUACGAGUCGUCUGACAAGGUGAGCUUUAUUUCUGGGAGUCUUCUUUUGAAUCAAAGAUUCAAGCUUUGUCCAUAACUCAUACGCAUCGGUAUAAGUCGAUACAUGCUCAAACAAGCUUUUGUCGAUGUAUUUCCGAAUCAUAGCCACUGUUUUACGAUUCAGAAUCUCCCAAUCUUUUUCGGCCUUCCCUUCUGGAAUUUCCGGAUUUGUGAUCGGUUCAUACAAAUCCUUGCAGUAUAGAUGGUCUUCCAUCAUCGGCUUCCAGUAGGAGUAAUUAUCCGCAGUUAACUUGAACAUGUCUCCUUCCAUCUUGAAUUUCACAGGAUUCUGACUUUUUCGAACCGGUAGCUCUGAUACCACUGUUGGGAAACAGCGGUACUUGUUCCCUCCUCUGUGAACCCCAAAAUGGGCACUAUGCGGAAGCGUAAAAUAAAAGUGUAAGGAAAGAGAAAAUUAACACUGGAAAUUUUAACGUGGAAAAUCCUCUCGGAAAAAAACCACGGGACCUAGUCCAGAAAAAUAUCUCCACUAUGAAAGUAGGAUUACAGUGUUUCUCUCACUCUCUGAGGAUCUCUCAAUUAAUCUCACCCUCUCGGAUGGUAUACAAAAUUCUCACUUUUCACUCACACUCACAAUAACAGACUCUCUCUGUAUAAAUCUCUCACACAGAAGAACUCUCUAUUUCUUCACCGAAUUUUUUCUUCACGGUGGAUGAUGAAUUCUACAGUGUGGCUUCUCCUUCUCUGUUUCUUGCAUAUGCACGUUGCUUGGCUUCCAAUUUAUGAAGGAAGAAAGAUGCAAGAAAACAAAAAUGGUUGGUGUAGUGGAGCACUUCAUUUCCGUAAAUCAAGCAAUGUGUUGGAGACAAUUUCUCCAACUUCACCACUAAUGGGUCCUACCCAUUUGGUUUAUUCAACACUAGGCUUAAUUCAUUGUAGUCUUUCUGAUCAUUUUAUCCUUUCAUCGAGGCCUUCCAAAUUCAACUUUUCUACUUCCCUUUUGGCCUUUCAUCUUUCUCAGAACACCUUCACGUCACCAACCGUGAUAUUCCAGUGGGUGACAAAUAUCACUUCCAAUCUUGUUGAGCUAUACCUUGGUGAUAACUACUUGGAGGGUUCUGUAUCCAAUCAUUUUGGCAUGGCAAUGAAUUCUCUUGAGCACCUUGACCUUUCUUAUAAUAGUUUCAAGGGUGACGUUCUAAAAUCUUUCAUGAAUAUAUGCACUUUACAAUCUUUGGACAUGAGAGAAAAUAAUUUGACUGAAGACCUUCCAUCAAUUCUUCAUGAUUUGUCUGGUGGUUGUAUUAGAUACUCGCUACAAGAUUUGUAUUUGGGAGGCAAUCAUAUUACUGGAUCUUUAUCUAACCUUUCAACAUUUUCAGCUUUGAAGUCAUUGGAUCUUUCAAUUAAUCAAUUAAAUGAAAAUAUAACAGAAGGUACCAAAUUGCCAUUUCAAUUGGAAUCUUUAUCAAUCUCAUCAAAUCUUCUUGAAGGUGGAAUUCCCAAAUCGUUUGGCAAUGCAUGUGCCUUAAGCACCUUAGACAUGAGCGAUAAUAACUUGAGUGAUGAACUUUCACUGAUAAUACAUCACUUGUCUGGAUGUGCUAAAUACUUGAUAAAAGAAUUGCACUUGGAAGGAAAUCAUAUUAGUGGUACGCUUCCUGACCUUUCAACAUUUUCAGUUUUGAAAUCAUUGGAUCUUUCAUUUAAUCAAUUAAAUGAAAAGAUAACAGAAGGUACCAAAUUACCAUUUCAGUUGGAAUAUUUAUCAAUUGCAUCAAACUAUCUGGAGGGUGGAAUUUCAAAAUCAUUUGGCAAUGCAUGUGCCUUAAGUACCUUACACAUGAGAAAUAAUAACUUGAGUGAUGAGCUUUCAACAAUUAUACAUCACUUGUCUGGAUGCACUAAAUACUCGCUACAAGAAUUAAGCUUAGAAGGAAAUCAAAUUAAUGGUACGCUUCCUGACCUUUCAACAUUUUCAGCUUUGAAAUCAUUGGAUCUUUCAUUUAAUCGAUUAAAUGAAAAGAUAACAGAAGGUACCAAAUUGCCAUUUCAAUUGAAAUCUUUAUCAAUCUCAUCAAAUUUUCUAGAAGGCGGAAUUCCAAAAUCAUUUGGUAAUGCAUGUGCCUUAAGCACCUUAGAAAUGAGCGACAAUAACUUGAGUGAUGAGCUUUCGCUGAUAAUACAUCACUUAUCUGGAUGUGCUAGAUAUUCAUUGGAACAAUUAUAUCUAAGCAUGAAUAAAAUCAGUGGCACACUACCUGACCUUUCAAUAUUCUCAUCUUUGAAAGGGUUGAUUGUUGAUGGAAACAUGCUAAAUGGAGAGAUUCAUAAAGAUAUUCAAUUUCCACCUCAUCUAGAGAACCUAGACAUGCAUUGGAAUUCGUUAUAUGGUGUGUUCACUGACCACCAUUUUGUUAAUGUAUCCAAGUUAUCUUACUUAGACCUAUCUGACAACUCAUUAACCUUGACAUUUACCCAAAAUUGGGUCCCACCUUUUCAGCUACGUUCCAUACGGUUACGAUCUUGCAUGUUAGGUCCAGCAUUCCCCAAAUGGUUGCAAACACAAAAUGAAUUUAUUGAUCUUGACAUUUCAAAUGCUACAAUAUUGGAUAUGGUUCCAAGGUGGUUUUGGGCUAAAUUGACUUUGGGAAAUAUCUUUUCAAUAGACAUUUCAAAUAAUGGUCUCUAUGGUAUAAUUCCAAAUUUUUCUGAAAAGAAUAUUGUUCCUGAGUUAAAUCUUGCAUCAAAUCAAUUUGAAGGUCCUAUUCCACCAUUUCUACGAGGUUCUGAGUCUCUUGAUUUAUCUAAUAAUAAUUUUUCAUGUUCUCGUUCAUUUAUAUGUGUUAGUGGUUCUGAUGAAACAUCAUAUGAGUUAGACCUUUCAAAUAAUCAUCUUUUUGGACAAAUACCAGAUUGUUGGAGUCAUUUUAAGUCAUUAACUUAUUUAGAUUUGAGCCACAAUAAAUUUUCAGGAAAGAUCCCUACUUCAUUAGGAUCACUUCUUGGUCUUCGAGUAUUGUUAUUAAGAAAUAAUAAUUUAUCAGGGCAUAUCCCUGCUUGGAUUGGGAGCAAAAUGCAAGAGUUGCAGAUUUUAAGCUUGGGAAGUAAUAAUUUCAAUGGAAUUUUCCCAUUACAAAUUUGUUAUCUAAAAAGCAUCCAAAUCUUGGAUCUAUCGCUAAAUAAUUUAUCUGGAAAAAUUCCUGCAUGUAUAAAUAAUUUUACAUCAAUGGUUAACAAGACGUUUUCAAGUGGUUAUGAAAGUCCUUGGUAUAUUCUUCAAUCUGAUCAUGGGGGUACCUAUGAGCCAUAUUUAAAGGCAUUCUUGAUGUGGAAAGGUUCAGAACAAAUAUUCAAAACUCAUGAAUUAUUUCUUUUAAGAAGCAUUGAUCUUUCAAGCAAUAACUUUUUAGAAGAAAUUCCAAUGGAAAUAGAGAAUUUAGUUGAGUUGAUUUCAUUGAAUUUGUCAAGAAACAACUUUAGUGAGAAAAUUCCUUCAAAUAUUGGAAAUUUGAAAUCACUCGAAUUUCUUGAUUUGUCUAGAAAUCAAUUUGUUGGUUCAAUUCCUCAAAGUCUUGCUCAAAUUGAUCGACUUACGGUGUUAGAUUUAUCACACAAUCAUCUAAGUGGAGUUAUUCCAACAAGCACACAACUACAAAGUUUCAAUAUCUCGAGUUAUGAAGAUAAUCUUAAUCUUUGUGGACUACCACUGAAAAAAUUGUGCAAUGAUGAUGGGCUAUCUCAAGAACCUCAAGAAUCGGUCAUUGAAAUUCAUGAACAUUCUCUGUUUGACCAUGAAUUUUACAUCAGUAUGGCAUUGGGAUUCACAAUAAGCUUCUGGAUUGUGUUUGGCUCAAUCUUAUUUAAUCGUUCUUGGAGAUAUGCUUAUUUCAAGUUCUGUAACCAUUUAAUUGAUGACAUUUAUAUGGUAGCGGUAAAAUUCGCCAAUUGCAAAUGGAGCAAGUAGAUUAACAGCAUCUUGAAGAGCACAGGCCUCUUACAUAUCUCAAAUAUUUGAGCUUCUAAGCUUGGCAAAGCAACUUUCUAGAAGGAAAUAAGCUUCAAGUAUGGCUGUUUUAGUUGUUGUAUACAUGUUUUCAUUUUAUAUGGUGUUUGUAUUUAUGUAACUUUUGUUAGAGUGUUUGAUGUUGUUCUCUGUUUGCAUAAAUUGGGUUGAUGAAGUUCAAGAAGAAAACUCUUUAUUAGCAUUGUUGUUAUAUUCAAA